AUGGAUGCGCUGCCCAUCUACCAUGGGGGCAUCACCCGUGAGGCUGGGGAGAAGCUGCUGUUGGCGGCGGGCACUGAUGGCAGCUACCUGCUGCGGGACAGCGAGAGCAUCCCGGGAGUCUACUGCCUCUGUGUGCUGCAUCAGGGUUACGUUUAUACCUACAGAGUGUCCAAGACAGAAACUGGGUCCUGGAGUGCUGAGACAGCGCCCGGAGUCCACCGGAGGCUCUUUCGGAAAGUGCACAACCUCAUUUCGGCCUUCCAGAAACCUGAUCAAGGCAUCGUAACGCCCCUGCAGCACCCAGUCAUCAACAACGCAAAAGCCAAAUACCCUCCAGGGAGAAAUGAAGGCCAUGACUUCCACCUGCAGCCAUCAUGAAGAUGUUUCCCCAAGUGUGACAUAACCAUAUCGUCCAGUAUCUCCUCUAGUCCGUGCUCUAGAACAGAACAAUUUAUAUGAUAGUUAAUACAACUCCAUGAGUUUUUUUGUAACAUUUGCAGAAAUGUGUAUUUCAUAGAAUUUCUAGCUC